CCCUGACCAAAGGCCCCCGAACCUGCGCCCCACGGGCGCCUCUCGCGCCGCCUCACUUUUCUCUCCUCCCCCGCCGCGGCUGGUUUCGGGUACCUCCCACCUCGUGCGGGAUGGACCUCGCCUCGGCUCGGCGGCCCCGGCGGCCCAACCGGUCGGCGGCGGAACGCCGCGCGCAGCAGGCGCGGGCGCACGGUCGCGCCGCCCUCCGCCUCCUGGCCGCCUUCGAGGAUGUGCGUGGCCAUCGUGGGCAGUCGCUCACCCUUCUGGGCGGGGCGCUGCGCGACGCUCUCUCCGCCCGCCUUCGCCGUGACGAUGCUGGCAAACGCGGUGCUGGCGAAGGAGACGGACAGCCUGGGACGCCGCAUGCCCGACGCCGCGGCCGACCUCGACGCCGCGAUCCUGGAGGCGCCCAGGGUCCCCAGCGUUGCGACCGAGCUCGGUGCCGAGCUGGAGCCGCUCUGCCCCGCGGCCGAUGUGGCGAGCGUCGCCGCCCCGCCCGCGACGGACGCGGUCGCGGCCGCCGUGCCUGUCAUGGGGGCGCCGCCCCUCCCGAGGCCAGGCCUUGACGGCGACGCGAGUUCGACGGAGGACCGCGCCGUUCUUCGGCGGCUGGCGGAGGAGACGGCGGCAGCUGCGGCCGCGGGCAUGGCCGCCCCCCCGACGCCACGGGAACUCGCGACGCCUGAGGCCGAGGCACGGGAGCCGCAGGCGGAAGCCUGUCGGUGGAUGCGCGGAAGGGCCCCCCGCGGGCUUGCCCGCUCCCGCCCGCGCGGCCGAAACCGCCGCAGGACCCUCAGCGGCUGGCCAGGCCAAGGGUGAUGCUCGAGCAUCGCGCCCUUGCGGCCGCCGUGGCCGAGCUCCGCGCUGCCGAGGCUGCCCUUUCUGCCGCGGGGCUCCCAGUUCCUCCUCGGCCGCCUGGGCAGCGAGCUGGGCUAGAAAGGUGAGUGCGGCUCCGUGGAUCGUCGGCGCCCCUCUUUUCCGACCCAUCAGGAGGGCUGCGGCGGGCCUGGCACGUGCGCCCGCUAGGCCGCCGGGUUCGGACGUCUUCGACCCGUUCGACUUGGUGUUCCUCGUCGGCCUCGCGGCGGGGCCGCUUUGCCACGUCCACGGGCGGGCUGGGCGCGAGCCCCCGCAGCGCCGCGAGUUUUGCGCGCCGCUUCGUCCUCGCGGGCGGCUGAGGGCGGCCGGAGCGUACUUGCCCGCUUUUCUGCGUUCUCUCAUUCUUUCCCCUUGUU